AUGAAACAGGAAAAAAGAAAACCCCGCGUCCUCUCGCCACGUCUCCCGCACUCCACCCCGCAACCGCCCGCACCCCCGCAUCCCCCGCCACCGAACCCACCCCCUCCCUCCCCAGACCCCUACAUUGACACGCCCCCUCCCUGCAGGCCCCCGCCGCCACGCCCCCUCCUCGGAGGCCCCCGCCACCGCGCCCCCUCCUCGGAGGCCCCCGCCUCCACGCCACCUCCCCUGAUCCACCCGCUGCGGUGCGCCCUCCCUGGAACCCCACGCGUGUCGCCAGAUCCUGUGGUGGCCAGCUACCACCAAGCACCGGCAUGCGACCCCGCCACCUACCUCUGGCGCCUAUAUAUGAGGGUUCGGCUUGUUCCCGAACUCCCCGUGCUGCGAAAAAGAAAAAAUCCCAUCCCACCACCGCUCGUCCCCAACCUGCCCCGAUCCCCUGCCCCUGGAUCCACCGCCACGACGCCUCCCUCUCCCUUGAUCCGGCGCCUCUCGCUGCCGUCGCCCCAGCCCCGGCCCUGGCGCGCCUCACACCGUCGGCCCCCAUCCCCCGACACGCCUCUCACCGCCGUCGCCCCGGCCCCGACGCGCCUCUCUCCAUCCAAGAUCGCCUCCCGCCGCCUCCUGGAUCUGGCCACCCCCCCGCGCCUCCACCCUUCAACGCGCCACCGCCCUGCAUCUCGCCGCCCCAGCGUGGCUCCGCCGGCCAACCUGCCGGCGCGCCUCCACAGUCAAGGAGCCGGCGAGCCACCUCCGGCAGAAGGCAGAAAGAUGACGAAGAACACACUGAAGCUAAGAACAAAUUUCAACUUGAUCUAAAGAAAAAGGGUACAACAAGCAUCGGAGAUCAUGCAUGUUGCUUUGCAGGGCGCCCAAUGUCAGGUGGUCCAUUAAGGUUGUUUUCUCAAAAAUCAAGAUGUUCUGCUAUGUACUCCCUCUGUAAACUAAUAUAAGAGCAUUUAGAUCACUAAUUUAGUGAUCUAAACACUCUUAUAUUAGUUUACAGAGGGAGUAUUUGAGAGAGGGGAUAACGCAUAGCAACACUGAAUGGAUGAAGGUGAGAGAAGAUACUGAGGAAAUGUGUAGCGGAGAAAUAUGUGCGCUAUUAGUUAGUGCCUUUUCUUAUAUAGAAAAGGGCCCGGUGUGGAUAGGUCAUUUCAGAAUAUUUGUUGUCAAGUGUGCACCGUGUUUUCGCUGCUGAUCGUUAUGCUUAGACGAUUCCCAAAUUUCCACAGUUUUUGAAGACA